ACCAAUGGGAAGCGCGGGCGGCGUGUUUGAAAGCGAGGCCAAAGUGGGUGGGAGCGCGUGCUGCUGGGAGUUGUUCGGAGGUUGGCGGCGCGGGGCUGACGAUCCUCAGGCCGAGCGGUCAUGUCGCACAAACAGAUUUACUAUUCGGACAAAUACGACGACGAGGAGUUCGAGUACCGGCACGUCAUGUUGCCCAAGGACAUAGCCAAGCUGGUCCCUAAAACCCAUUUGAUGUCUGAAUCUGAGUGGCGGAAUCUCGGCGUUCAGCAGAGUCAGGGAUGGGUCCAUUAUAUGAUCCACGAACCAGAACCUCACAUCUUGUUGUUCCGGCGACCAUUGCCCAAGAAGCCAAAGAAAUGAAGCCGGCAGCCACCUUUCGGCCUCGGGCUUCGCACAGCUGUCCUCACGUGCUAACGACAUCUUCGGGUGACAUUAUUCCAUUGCCUUCUUGCUUCCCACUUUGAUAUUGAAAGGAUGUUCAGACUGUCUGUGCUGGUGACCGCUUCGCCUGAGCCAACAGCAGCACGGCCCAGCCGGCUGAGCGCCGUUCGGGCUGCAGCCUCGGCCGAGCGUGACCCCAGAAGCCCUGCCGAGCUCUAUCCUGCAGAACACACUUGGUAGAUGGAGGAAGCGGCUCCUCUGAGCAUAAGGCCGUGGCAGGGAUGCGUAAACUUGCCGUUUUGUUUCUUCCUGCCAGGUGUUGCAUGUUGUGUGGUGGUUUAUGUUUCAUUGUACUGGAAACCGUCCGUUUUAUUCAGGAAACCUGUUCCGUGUUAAAAAGCCUUGAUUAAAGAGGAAGUUUUUACGACCUGA